AAUCCAAAUUUAAUACUGUCACCAAAUACAAAUAUGUAAUUACUCCUCUCGAUUUCUCCAUAUUUCACUCACUUUACUCAUCAAAUCUUCUUCCAUCACAAAUUAACAACUCAAUCAUGGGAAAAGAAAUCUCUGAAGGAGUUUCACGUAAAGAUUUCCCUUUUGACUUUCUAUUUGGUGUUGCUACUUCUGCUUAUCAGGUUGAAGGAGCUAGUAAUGAAGGUGGCAGGGGUGAUAGUAUAUGGGAUGUUUUUACACACAGAGAAGGAAAAAUUAAAGAUGGAAGCAAUGGGGAUAUUGCAGUUGAUCAAUAUCAUCUCUACAAGGAAGAUGUCCAACUUAUGUCCAAGUUAGGAUUUGGUGCUUACCGCUUUUCUGUAUCAUGGUCUCGUAUUUUCCCUGAUGGUUUGGGAACAAAAGUCAACGAGAAAGGAAUUGCCUACUACAACAAUCUCAUUAAUGCCCUGCUUGAUAAAGGUAUGCAGCCAUAUGUAACGUUAUACCAUUGGGAUCUUCCUAACCAUCUUCAUGAGUCAGUUGGAGGAUGGUUAUCCGAUAAAAUUGUAAAAUAUUUCGCAAUAUAUGCUGAGACUUGCUUUGAGAAUUUUGGGGAUAGAGUAAAACAUUGGUUCACAUUAAACGAACCUAAUCAAUUUGCGGUGAAAGGAUAUGAUGUCGGGGUAUUAGCUACUGGAAGAAGUGAAAAUCCUUCUACUGAACCAUAUUUAGUUGGACACCAUCAGCUUCUGGCUCAUGCAACAGCUGUUUCCAUAUAUAAGAAAAAGUUCCAGGCUCAGCAAGGCGGAGAAAUAGGCAUAGCAGUUGAUUGUGAAUGGGCAGUGGCUUUCUCGGAUAAGAUGGAGGAUAAACUUGCUGCUGCAAGGCGUCUGGAUUUUCAUUUUGGAUGGUAUUUGGACCCAAUAUAUUUUGGAGACUAUCCUAAAACCAUGCAUGAGAAACUUGGAGAUCGGCUUCCAAAAUUCUCAAAUGAAGAUAGAGAGUUGUUAAGGAACUCGAUAGACUUUCUAGGUAUAAACCAGUAUACAACAAGGUUAAUUGCAAAUGCAACAACAAGCUCUGCAGACAAUGGACAUGUUUACCAAGAUCAGCAAAUCGAAAGAAUUGCUAAAUAUCCAGGAGGUGAGGCUAUUGGUGAGAAGGCUGCAUCAGAAUGGGUUUACAUAGUACCUUGGGGGAUGCGUAGUGUACUUAAUUAUGUUGCAAAGAAAUAUCACAACCCCAAGAUAUACAUUACUGAGACUGGAAUGGAUGAUGAAGAAGAUCCAAAAGCUCUUCUCAAUGAGAUGCUAAAUGAUAAAAGGAGAGUUGGGUACUACAAGGGGUACCUUGCUGCAGUAGCCCAAGCAAUCAAGGAUGGAGUGGAUGUAAGGGGGUUCUUCGCAUGGUCUUUUGUGGACAACUUUGAAUGGGAUCAAGGCUACACCAAGCGUUUUGGAAUUGUUUAUGUCGAUUACAAACAUGGACUCCGCCGGCACCCCAAAUCUUCUGCGCUCUGGUUUUCUCGUUUUCUUAAAGGCGGUGCAGGAGAAAGAACGAACACUGACUUCAGAGCUAACCCACUACUGAGAAGAUUUAUAUGUUGGGUUUUAGAAGUUUUACAAUAUUUUAGACUCGAUAAAUUCGUUAAGGAUUUGGGUCUUAGUACGUGGAAAAAUAACUCCUGCCAAGAAGAAGUUCUAAGUUUGGUCUAAGUUAUACGUUAGUGACUUUUCUUUAAGGUCUUUGCCUUUGUCGUAGCUGUUUGCUAGGCUCUUGUGCCUUUUGUCGUUAGGUGCUUCCCUUCUUGUACCUUAUUUUUCUUUUUCAAUAAAAAUCUGACCAAU